AUGUUCAUUCAUGUGGGUUAUGAAUUCAGUGUUACCAAGCGAUCAAUUGGUAUGAUCCAAGAUUUUGGUUUAUGGAUUUUCUAUGGCAUCAAAAUUGAUUCAUCAAGAAUCAAUACAAGAGGUGCAUUAAGAUUUUUAUUGAGGAUCCACAUUUCAUCAAUUCAAGGCUACAACCCCAUGCUUUCACCAAACUGUGCAUCUGCUGCUUCUUACCAGUCUUUAUCAACAUGCCUUGGCUUCAAUAGAAGGAAACCUGAUGGCCUGGUUAACACUUAUGUUUCUAUUGAAGAGUUUCCUGAGGAAGAUGAAAAUAUCAGGAUUGAAGAAAAUAAUGAUUCCAAUAAAGAUAACCUACUCAAUCAGACGAGACUUUGUGGAAUUUGCCAAGGAUAG